UCAAAACAACAUGGCUGCGAGGAGGCAAACAAGUUCAUUGACGGGUAGUAAAUCAACAUCAACGGCGACCAAAAUCGUAAAAAGUGGAAGCGACUCCGGAAAAUCAAACAAUCCAGCGCCUGUAAAGAAACCACCCGUGAAAUCCAGUGGAACUUUAGUCAAAUCUCGGUAUCUGCAGGCUGUUGAAAAGUCGUCUCUUUCAAAGAGUAACUCUCUGACCAAUGAGUCUACGUUCGUGCAACCACGUCCGGUCUUACCAAAACCUGCUGGUGUCAAGCCCAAAGUGGGCACUUCACCAAGACGUACAAUGGCACCGCGAUCUCUUGGAGUGUCAACUCCUGCAUGUGAAACUGAGCCCUCCCUUUUAGGUGAAAGUGUACUGCAGUCAACCUUCUCUGAUGGACACUAUAUCCGGCCGGAUUUUGACAUUUCAGUUAUUAAAGGAAAAGUGGUGGCAAAAAAUUCAGCAAAACCUAAAAGAAAUCCAAAGGAGGUGUUAAAGACCAUCGAAAUGGAUACAUUGAUAUUGGCCUUUCUUACAGCAAAGAUGGAAAGCAACACAGCAAAGCUCAAGCGUGAAAAUGAGGAACGACUGUUGCAGAAGAUGGAAGAAGAAGAAGCUCUGCGUAAGGAAGUCCAUGAAAAAAAACGCCGGUUUUUACUGUUGGAAAAAGAGAAGAUGACUAAAGAGUUACUGGAUAUUCAGGCUGCUGCUUUGACGCCUGUGGUGGAGUGUUCUAAAGAGUUCUCGAAAGCAUACGAGUCUCUCUCCACGGCUGUUGACACCACCUUGCAUGAGCUGCCUGUCAAGAACUUCCACAUUGAUGGCGACAGGGAACAAUUUUUAGAUAAAGCAGUGGCUUACCUGAAGGAGAGUGAGAAAUUGCUUGGAGACUGCACAGAACUGGAAUACAGCCACAGCAGUGCUGCUGUGCAGUGCUUUCAGGAUCUGAAAAUCAUGUCAAAGGGAAUCAAUCAGGAGUUAACAGGGACUUUUACUGGCCUUCAGGAGCUCUCAUCACUUCUCUGCCAUCACACAAGUCUGGUCCAGCAGGCCACAGAGGAGGAACAACUUGGACCUACAAGAACACAGGAACUUUUUGGCCUCAAACAUUUGAAUGAAGAUCAGCUUUAGUGAGGAGCUGUGCUAUUUUCGUCAUUGCAUUUGCUAUCUGUGUGAUUUUGUCAAUAAAGACCUUGUAAAUAAACCUGCUCAUUUGAAUAAGAUUAAAACGUAGAAUUUUUUUAAAAUAUGCCCUUGUCACUCAUGAGAUGAUAUGAGAUGUUUUGAUUUCUAUUAUUCAGUUUCCCUGAAGAUGUUGAUUCUGACUCAAGUCCUGCAUCACUCACUGUGUUUGUCCUUGUUUGUUUUACUAUACAUUUUGUUGUGUCAUCUAAGUGUUUUCUCAUUGUGUCAAAACAUCACUCCUUGGUUGAUGUCUUGGUAAUCAGAUGCUGUGGGUUUGAUUCCCAUUGAAGCAUGGUGCCUGAUGCUACUCUUGCUGUAAACUUCCAAGUAAAUAAUGUCAUGUUUUUUUAUUUUUUGUUUUUCAAUGCUCUCAACUCAUGAAAGUAUAUCCAGGAGUGUAAGACUUUUGAAAAGAGACUUCAUUAAGUAACUUAAAAACAGCGCAUCAUGAUUAUCCAGUGAACCA